CCUGAAACAAAACCGUGACGCACCGAACUUACUUCCUGUUUACAAACCUAUAUGACAACCAUUCAUUUCUCUAUCAUUUAAAUAACCCAAGUUCAAUCUACUUUCAUGUGGCAUCGACAGACUUUACAGCCAUGAUUCCGUACACAGUAAACAUUAAACUAGCAGCACGGACACUUACCGGGACUCUCAAUUUACAAAACAAAACUGCAGUUGACUGGGGUUGGCAAGGUCUGAUUGCUCAGGGAUGCCACUCCAGCAUCCUCAUUAUCGACCCAAAGACCGCUCAGACAAUUCAGGUCCUGGAGAGACACAAAGCCAAUGUUGUCAAGGUGAAAUGGUCCAGGGAGAACUACCACCACAACCUGAGCUCCCCGUACUCCCUGCGCCUGGCCUCGGCCGACGCCGCAGGCAAAAUCAUCGUGUGGGACGUAGUGAGCGGCAUGGCGCAUUGCGAGAUUCAGGAGCACUCCAAACCCAUCCAAGACAUGGAUUGGCUAUGGAAUCAGGAUGUGUCACAUGACCUGCUUUUGGCUGUUCACCCUCCCAACUACAUAGUGCUGUGGAACGGAGACACUGGGACCAAGCUGUGGAAGAAGAGCUACGCCGAGAACAUCCUGUCCUUCUCUUUCGACCCUUUCGACCCCUGCAAUUUAGCCUUGCUGACUAGCGAGGGGAUAGUUUUCAUCAACGACUUCUCACCGUCCAAACCCCCGGGCAGCAGUGGGAAGAAGGUUUACAUCGCCAGCCCGCACUCCAGCCCUGCUCACAGCAAACCCGCUGCCACACAUCCCACAGGUGCUAAGAAAGCUCUCAACAAGGUCAAAGUGCUCAUCACCAACGAGAAACCCAUGGCCGAGGCAGUAACCCUAAACGACUGUCUCCAGCUAUCUUACCUUCCCUCAAAGAAGAGUCACAUGUUGCUGCUGUACCCCAGAGAGAUACUAAUCCUGGACCUGGAGCUCAGCCAGACAGUGGGGGUGGUGGCCAUCGAGCGCUCCGGCGUGCCCUUCAUACAGGUGAUUCCCUGCGCCCAGAGGGAUGCUCUCUACUGCCUGCACGAGAACGGCUGCAUCACACUGCGCGUGUGCCGAUCCACUGCACUCUCAGCGGAUGAACCAGCAGUGGCGUCUGAGACGGAGCAGGGAGUGCAGGAGCUGUCGUAUGAUCUGAGAUCUCAGUGUGAUGCCAUUCGCGUGACUAAGACGGUGCGGCCGUACCGGGCGGUGAUCUGCCCCGUCAACGAGAACCGAGCUGCGCUGGUGGUGAGCGACGGGCGCAUCAUGCUCUGGGAGCUCAAAGCUCACACUGGAAAAGCUUCAUCCAACAUCGGGUCAGGCUUGUCCCCGCUCUACUCUCCGGUAAAUUUUUGUGGAACCCCAUUGGGUCAGAACCAGAAACGAAUCCCGGACCUCUCCCUCAACACGAUGAUCGGUCCCACUUUGAUCUCAGGUGUUGAUCCCCCCGUGUCUGUGGUGGGGCAGCAGGAGGUGCAGCUGAAGUUCCUGUUGACUGGGCUAUUGUCUGGUUUGCCUCUGCCACCCUUCUCACUGCGCAUGUGUCCUCCUUUAACCACUAAAAACAUCCAGCACUACCAGCCGCUGCUGGCCGUGGGUUCGAGUAACGGCUCGGUGCUGGUGUAUAACCUGACGAGUGGCCUGCUGCACAAAGAGCUCAGCGUGCACUCGUGCGAAGUCAGAGGCGUUGAGUGGGUUAGUCUGACCAGUUUCCUGUCUUUUGCCACCUCGGCUCCCAACAACAUGGGCCUUGUGAGGAAUGAGCUUCAGCAUGUGGACUUGCGCACAGGCAGGUGCUUUGCAUUCCGAGGCGAGCGUGGCAAUGAUGAGCCAGCCAUCGAAAUGAUUAAAGUGUCGCAUCUAAAGCAGUAUCUGGUGGUGGUAUUCAGAGACAAACCCCUGGAACUCUGGGAUGUACGCACAGGAACCUUGUUGCGUGAAAUGGCCAAGAACUUCCCCUCAGUUACCGCACUGGAGUGGUCUCCCUCUCACAACCUGAAAAGUCUGAAGAAGAAACAGAUGGCAGCGCGUGAGGCAAUGGCCAGACAGACCACGCUGUCGGACGCUGAGCAGAGCAGUGUCGAAUCCUCCGUCAUCAGUCUGCUGCAGGACGCGGAGAGCAAGGCCGAGACGAGUCAGGGCAUCUCAGCACGCGAGCAUUUUGUGUUCACUGACACGGACGGUCAGGUCUUCCACAUCACUGUGGAGGGCAACACUGUGAAGGAAGGAGCACGAAUCCCUCCUGAUGGGAGCAUGGGCAGCAUCGCUUGCAUUGCGUGGAAGGGAGACACACUAGUACUAGGAGAUGUAGAUGGAAACCUGAAUUUCUGGGACCUAAAAGCCCGUCUAUCCAGGGGAAUACCCACACACCGUGGAUGGGUAAAGAAGAUCCGUUUUGCUCCCGGAAAGGGCAACCAAAAGCUACUGGUGAUGUACACUGAUGGAGCUGAGGUGUGGGACACCAAAGAGGUACAGAUGGUGAGCAGCAUCAGAGUGGGCCGGAAUGUGAGUUACCGUAUUCUGGACAUCGAUUGGUGUACAUCAGAUAAGGUGGUUCUGGCCUCGGAUGAUGGUUGUGUCCGUGUGCUGGAGAUGGCCAUGAAAUCUGCCAGCUACAGGAUGGACGAGCAAGACCUAACAGAUCCAGUGUGGUGUCCGUAUCUGCUGCUCCCACGUGCUGCUCUCACCCUGAAGGCCUUCCUCCUGCUGCAGCCCUGGUCCGGCACCUUCACCAUGGACAUCACUCAAGUGGACUACCAAGAGAAGGACGAAAUCAAAGGCUUGGUGCAAGAACAGCUGAACUCCUUGUCCAAUGACAUCAAAAGUGUACUCCAGGACCCAGAGCUCAAUCUGCUUCAACGCUGCCUCCUAGUGUCAAGGCUGUUUGGUGAUGAGUCAGACCUGCAGUUUUGGAAUGUGGCGGCGCAUUAUAUCAAGUCUUUUGCCCAGGCGAGGCAGCUGAGUGUGCCCACUCCUGAUGGGCAGACACAGCCAGAGUGCUCCCAGAGUACCACUCAGUGCCAUCUGGACAUCUGCCACGAUAUUCUCUGUGAAAGCGCCUUCUUUCAGAGAUUCCAGUUAGAACGGGUUCAUCUGCAGGAGGCAAAGAGGUCCAGCUAUGAACACACCAAAAAAUGCGCUGACCAACUGCUUCUCCUAGGACAGACGGACCGGGCGGUGCAGCUGCUGUUGGAGACGAGUGCCGAGAACCCGAGCUACUACUGCGACUCGCUUAAAGCCUGCCUUGUGACGACUAUUCCCUCCUCUGGACCUUCUCAGAGCACCAUUAAACUAGUAGCCACCAAUAUGAUCGCCAGCGGAAAGCUAGCAGAGGGCGUGCAGUUACUGUGUUUGAUUGACAAGGCAGCAGAUGCCUGUCGUUAUCUGCAGACAUACGGCGAGUGGAACCGCGCCGCCUGGCUGGCAAAGGUGCGUCUGAACCCGACCGAAGCCUCGGAGGUGCUGAAGCGCUGGGCCGAGUAUCUCUGCUCUUCUCAGGUCAAUCAGAAGUCCAGAGCUAUCCUGGUGCUCCUCUCACUGGGCUGCUUUCAGAAAGUUGGGGAGAUGCUCCACAGUAUGAGGUAUUUUGACCGGGCGGCUCUCUUCAUCGAAGCCUGUCUAAAAUAUGGAGUGAUGGAGGCCAACGACACCACUAAUAAGUUAAUAGGGGCAGCGUUCUCCUCCUACGCCGGACUCCUUCGCUCAGUGGGAUUGCGAGAGGGAGCAGCGCUUUGGGCCUCGAAGGCUGGAGGAGCAGGAGAAGAGCUCCUGGAGGAGUUGUUCCAGAAAGAAGGAUCCGGAUCAGAGCUCACACCUGGGGAGGAGGAGAAGAAGAGUGUCGCUGAAUAAAUCUAGAGGAGGAGAGAGAAAAGAACAGGGUUUCAGGUUUAGUGGAGAACUUGAAUUAAGUGUCUUGGUUUUGAGAAGGAAAAAUAUAUAUAUGAUGCAUAAUGUUUAUAAAAUAUUUGGAUAUGUGUCUGUAUGCUUAAAGCAUUGGGUUAGGGGGGAUUUUUUUGGUCUACAUUAUAAACAGUUACCAAACACAAUAUGCAGCUUCAGACAUUCCAAACAAAUCUUUUUCUUUUUUUUUGCACUUUUUUAUUUUGACCAAACGAUUCACUUGAAGUGGAAUAAUGAAGUAUUGAGUAUGUAUGGAAUAAAACAUAACUGGAAUGUUUUUAUUCCUUUUAUACCACAGUGAUUUGCAAUUUGUAAUGUAUUAAUGAACAACAAACCCUGUGACCGUUUAUAGUGACAUUUAAUGUCAAGGAACAUUCAGGAAACAUAUUGGUUCCUGUUAUCACUUACGUUAUAGCAGCUAUAAACAUUCACCUCCUUGAGGUUAACAGUAUAAUAAAACAUGGCUGAAAACAUAAUGCACUCAAACCUGAGAUAUAAAUAAAUUAUAUAUAAAUAAUAAAUCUCCUUCAUGAUAUAAUGCCAAUGAUUAUACUUUUUUUGUUGUUGUUGUUAAAUAACAGCAGGACUAUGUGGAUCAUGCACCGUACAAAUCCCCGUGAAUGAGCUGUUACUAUAGAAACCUGUUAGAACAAGCAUAAUGAUAUAACUAUGUAUUCGGGGUCAUAAGUUUACAUACGCCUGCAAUCUGCUUUAAAAUCUGAUUAAAUAUAAAUAAAAAGAAGGAGCAUCAUAACUGAUGCUCAAGAAGUCUAUAGGAUACAUUGAGUCAGGGGGGUGUAAACUUUUCAGCUGGAUGAUCGAGAAUAUAAAUUAUUAUUUUGUUUAAAGAUCUUAUUUUUGCAUUUAGAGCUGUCGUCUAAAGAUAUUUGCAUGUUGCCAGGAAGACACAAAACCUGUGCAAAAGUUUACACCCCCCUACUCUUAACAUAUCGGGUUGUCUUCAUGAGCAUCAGUGAACGUUUUCCUUCAGUGUGAAAAGAUGGAACUUAGCAUUAUAUAGAUACUGUAGGAAAAGGAAUCAAAUAUGCAGAAGAAGCUGGAAAAGCAAAUAAAUCAUGUGCAAGAGACUCAUGAACAGCUGUGACACAAAAAAAUCACACCACCGCACAGUAUUAGGAAUCAAGCGUAUGUAAACAGUUGAACUGGUGAAUUCGGUCAUUAAUUGUGUCUCGUGGAUUCAAGGCGUAUGUAAACUUACAUUAUGGCUGUAAUUACUGUCGGAGCCGAACUGUUCCAGGAAAUUAAUCAACACCUUCCUGUUUCCGGAUUCAACCCUGCUGUGGUAUAUUAGACGAUGUCUAAGUGAUAGAAUGAAGUGUACAAUCUCAUCGGUUAUGAACGAAAUGUCUAAGAGUGAAUGUUUUCACAACUUUUCAUUUAACCAGUUCGUAUCAGCUCAGAAUGAGGUACUGUGUAUAGAAAAAGUGUGACUGGAAAUUAGGAAUUAAAGAAGGAAUAAAACAGAGAGAAGAACUGAAAAGUUGUAAAUCUUGUCAGAAAUGGAUUUUUCUUUCUAUUAGAGCAGAAUGAUCAGUGAUGUUUUGGGUAAUGUUAGUGCUGUAGUUUUAUCUAUCUGUAUUAUUUGUGGUGUGAUAUUUGUCUUUGUGCAAUCUGAGAGAAACGUACAGUCCUGUACUGUAAUUUUUCAGCCUCUUGUUUUUUUUUUUUGUUUUUGUCUUGACAGCACGAAUCGAACGUUUGACAUUGUUCUGUGAAUAAACAUCUCCCUUGUGCUGUUCUUCACCCACUUCUCUCGUCUAUGAAACGUCUGUGGUCCAGAAAUAUUGUUGUUCAUUCCUGCCUUUCUUUUUUUAGCACAUAUUGACUCUGAAUAUUGUAAUGAUGGAUGUGGUAUUAUUCUGAAACUGUUCUACAUGAUGAUGUUUCCUUGUAAAUUGCAGCACAGUGAAUUAGUGCAUGCAGUUGCUUUGUGCUUCGUGAUCAGAUGAAUAAAUAUGUAUAUAUAUAUAGGAAAAAGCAAUAAAUGUCCGUGGA